ACUCGCCGCCAGGCGCUUACCUUAGCUGGGCUUCGGGGGAAACUCCGGCCGAGCCGGACGCCGAGCGGGGACGGCCCAGCACGCGCGGACCCCCUGGGUUUCCCCCAAUGAUCGCGCUCCCCAUCACCGGCUGCUGCCGCGAACGCCGGGCCAGGAAGAGUGAAAGCCGAGGAGCCGGGACCUUGACGCGCCGAGCAGCCCGGAGCAAAACAACCCAGGAUCGCCUUUAGGAGUCGUGUACCUUUCAUGGCAUAUGCUGCUAGAGGUUACUCAGUGACCCUCAUUUUACUCAUCACAUGGCUAUUAAUGAAAGCAGAAAUCGACGUUUGCAAGAAGGGAGCCGUCACCGUGAGUCCAGCCCGGAUGGUUUUGUUGGGAUCCACCAUCAAUAUUUCAUGCUCUUUGAAGCCCCAGAACGGCUGCUCGCACCGUUCGGAUUUCCAGAAGUUAACCCUCUACCAAAAUGGUAAUCGGCUGAGCUCCCUGAACAGGCGCUCGCUCAGCGUCCGAGUCUCCAGUCUGCGCCUCGGAGCCACGCUGUUCACGUGCAAGGUCUCGUGUGGCAGCCAGAAGGAGAUCCCCGUGUGUGGGAGCGAGGUCUUCGUCGGCAUCACCCCCGAGCAGCCCCAGAACCUGUCCUGCAGCCAGCUCGGAGAGCGUGGGACCGUGGUGUGCACCUGGGCUAAAGGAAGGGAGACCCACCUGGACACCGUGUACACCUUACGGUUGACGGGGCCCAACAACUUACAUUUGGAGAAUCAAUGCACUCUGGAUCAUGACGAUCUUGGAAUAAGCCUGAGCUCAGAUUCUCCCGAAGCCAAUUACACGGCCAGGGUGGUGGCCACAAAUAGCCUGGGGAAUUCUUCCUCUUCCCUUCCAUUCGUGUUCUCCUUCAUGGAUGUAGUGAAGCCUCUUCCUCCGAGUGGUAUCAGAGCUGACUUUCCCAAUAUGGCGGCCAACUUCUGUACCUUGCAGUGGCAGGACCCAGGGCCAGUGAUGCUCAAUCGCCUCCAAUUCAGGCCAGUCAAUGGGAGCUCCUGGGAAACGGUUCAUGUUACUAAUGCUGGAGGAAGAUACAAUCUCUACAACCUGAAACCAUUUACAGAAUAUGAAUUUCAGAUCGCCUCCAAGUUUCAUCCUAUCAAAGGAAGAUGGAGUGAUUGGAGUGAAUUGUGGAGGACUUGGACGCCAGAAGAAGAACCUGUGGGAACACUGGACGUGUGGUACACCCUAGAUGACGUAGAAGGGGGCCUGCAAAGUAUUUCUCUGUUUUGGAAGAACAUGAGUGCGUCGGAAGCGAGGGGCAGCAUCCUCCGGUACCAGGUGGUGGUCCAGGAGGUUUCUGGCUCAGCCGAGCCCCUCACCCUGAGGAACUCCACCGUGCGCAAUCACUGGACCGCCAAGCUGCCCCGGAAGGACUACGCCACCGCUGUUUCUGCGGUUAACUCCAAAGGCUGCUCCCCUCCCACCCGGACCUUCAUCCCCCGCCAGCCCCGGGAAGCUCCUCGAAACGUCUUCGCCGAAUCCCAGGGCGCCGACGGCAUCCGGGUGACUUGGGAGCCCCCCGGCCACGCCGCCGCUCCCGUCCAGGAGUAUCUGCUGGAGUGGAGAGAGCUCGGCCGCCCGCCUUCCCCCGUCCACUGGCUCCGGCUGCCCCCCGUCAACACGUCGGCCGUCAUAGCAGGACACCUCCGGCCUCGCGCGUGUCACCAGAUCCGGCUGUGCGCCCUGGCGGCGGAUGGAGCGGGAUGUGCCCGUGCCCGGGCGCCGACGGCCGGCACAGAGCCGCCGAGCAGCCCCCGUGUCCGUGGCGCCGCCUGGCCUGCCGAGGAGCCGCCAGGCUGCCUCCCGGACUACCGAGCCGGCCCACAGGAGCUCCACGCCAAGAACGGAUCUCAGAGCUUUGACGCUCCUGACUGGAACAUCCUGGUGGUGCCCAUCGUGGCGGCUCUCAUCGUGGUGGGGAUCUUCUCUGCACCGGGCAUGCGGGCCAAGGUGACAGCCGUCCUCUCUUCCCUACAACCCCAAUGGUGCGGCCAAGAGAUUCCGGACCCGGCGAACAGCAUGUGGGCCAAGAAGUACUCCGUCGUCCAAGGGGACGUUCAGUUCCAUUUGGACAAUCUUUCCAGCAGCUGUUUUACCGGCUCUGAAGAACCUGAAACGCUUGAGAUCAAAGAAGUUCUCCACAAAGCAGCCAUGACCCUCUGGGAGACACACCCCGUGCGUGGCCCGAGACACCCCGACUUCCUCAAGACAGAGAGCCAACACCCGCUUCCCGCUGUUGGGGCAGAACGUGGGGGCCCCCCGCCCAUGACCCCUGGGCCGUGCCAGGCUGAGAGAGGAGAAGGGGUGGCUCCGUGCCAGGCGAUGGACUCCGGGGGGGCAGAAGCCAGACCCCCGAAGGCAGGAGGCCCAGGCAGCCUCCGGAGCGGCAUCCCAGUGUGCUCCGUGCCCGCCAGUGUGGAUUACUUGCCUUCCCACCUAGACUACAUGCCCUCCGUCGCUGCUGAGCCUCCAGAAGACGGCGAGCUGCAGGGCCUCUCCUUCUCCAUCUUCCCGAAGGGCUCUUUUCAGCCACUCAUCUGUGGAGACAAGCUGACCCUGGACAGAGUGAAGAUUGACUCUGGGGCCCUUCCUCACUGACGCCGCCUUGCUCUCCGUCUCCCGGCCUGGAGAGCCGUGGCCAGCAGCCACACCAAAGCGAGGGCUCUCCCCCUCCGAAGACCACACAGCUGGCUCUAGGAGCCAAGGACGACUCCUGCUUUAUCUUCAUGAGAUGCAGCCCCAGCAGGUGUUGUUGAGAGAACCUGAGUCCCUCAAGGGACAGGGCAGGAUCGCUGGUUCUCUUUGUACCCCCAGAAAGACGUGGGCUUAUUGUACCCCCAGAAUGCCGUGGGCUUGUUGUACCCCCAGAAAGCCGUGGGCUUAUUGAACCCCCAGAAAGCCGUGGGCUUAUUGUACCCCCAGAAUGCCAUGGGCUUGUUGUACCCCCAGAAUGCCAUGGGCUUAUUGUGCCCCCAGAAUGCCAUGGGCUUAUUGUACCCCCAGAAAGUCGUGGGCUUAUUGUACCCCCAGAAAGUCAUGGGCUUAUUGUAGCCCCAUAAUGCCGUGGGCUUGUUGUACACCCAGAAUGCCGUGGGCUUGUUGUAGCCCCAGAAUGCCGUGGGCUUGUUGUACCCCCAGAAUGCCGUGGGCUUGUUGUACCCCCAGAAAGCCAUGAGCUUGUUAUACCCCCAGAAUGCCAUGGACUUAUUAUACCCCCAGAAAACCGUGGGUUUGUUGUACCCCCAGAAAGCCAUGGGCUUCAUAAACAAAGAUUUUUCCUGA